GCCGCAUCAUGGGCGAGAUCCACCGCUGUGUGCAGUGCGAUGUCGACUAUGACGUCGACACAAACGUCCAAGGCGCGUGCAGCUACCACCCGGUGAGCGACUACAUCUAUGGGUCGUGGGACUGCGUCCUCUCUUGCUGCGGUACCAAAGUCUCUUCGUACGACCCGUUCCCGGCACGCGGCUGCGCCAAGGCCACGCACGCCGCUGUGCACCACGACACGUUCCCGUACCUCAACCGCAUCGGACAGUUCCGCGCCAUGCUGCGCGACCAUGACGAAUGGAUGCGCGUCGAGCAGGACGACUACACGGUCGCCGCGGACGGCAGCGACAUUGCGUGUCGCGUCUCGGGCCACGUCGGGCGCCUCCGCGACGGCGAGACCGUCGCAUUGUGGGCCAAGCAAGGCGGCAUCACUGUCGCGCUCCAUACGCUCUCGCCGUCCGAGCUCACGGCGGCGACGCCACCGCCGGCAUGGACCGUCUCGGAAGCGACGACGCGCGUCAACGACGUCUGGAACAAGACCGUCGUUCGCUUGGGCCAAACGUGGCGCGUGGAAGCCGCGUGGAUUGCAUGGGACAUGACCGCACGGACGCUUCAAGUGCGCGUCAAGGCGCCCACCAGCAGCGCGCCGAACGUCUCGCAAGUGUCCUUUUGCGUCGAGAAUUGGGCGGUCCACAGCGUCGCGACGGUUGUCGACGACGCCACCAACCUCGAUGACGUGGCACCUCGUGCGCCGUCUUCGCGUGCGUGUUCGCCCCGUCUCGCGUUUGAAGCGAUCCCAGAAGCCUUCUUCCACCAAAACCGGUCGGCGCUUCCCGUGUUUGCGUCGUAUGGUGCGCUGCCGCUGCGUCUCAAACUCUCCAAGCCCCUCGUUGCCAACGAGUCGCGCUACCACACAGCGGCGGACCUCUUUGAAGCCGAGUUUCUCGUCGUGAGUCUCUUGGAGCACGACGCCAUCGCGACGACGUCGACGCUCUCAGCAGAGCGCAAGCACAUACUCGAGAUGGUCCACGACCGAACGAUCAGCGUUGACGAGGCCGAGAGGCUCUUGAUCGCGACAGCCAAGACUGCGCCGCUGGCCGCGGCACCCGAUGGCAGCAUCACGCUCGUCGACGCCGCGUGCGACCUCAGUGUCGACGACGGCGCGACCUGGACCAGCGCAAGCCACGUGACGUGGGACGAUUCGGACGCGCUUUUGCUCAAGGUGCUGCGCGGUGACGUGCUUCGGUGCAAGGCCUCGGCCCUCUUUCCCGCUCCGACCAAGCAGGGCCAGUGGCGCAACCAAUCGUUCUUGACGCGCCGCAUGAGCGCACCGGCGCGCCUGCGCUGGACGGUUGAGAGCGCGUUUGGCGACACGUGCACGCUCGAGACGUCGUUUCGGAACCCACCGCUGGCGCCGCUGCCGACCAAGCACAUUGCUGAUGACUACUUUUUUGCGCAUCUCGAUGCGAUCGACCAAGGGUUUGAGCGCCGCUUUGUGCGCAUUCAACGGCCCACUAAAGACGACGAGAGAAGCUCCCCCCGUGUGGUCUGGAAGAUUGUCUCGGCGACCAUGUGCACGACGACGCACUCGGUGACGACGCGAACGCUGCGCACGUGGCGCCGCGAGCUCGCCCCUGGACAGACGGAGCUGCCACUGACGAGCGUGAGCGAGCCAGGCAGCGUCGAGUGGACGGGUCUCUUUGACGCUGACGCGCGUUUGGUCGCGCUCCGCGUCAAGCUGCUCUUCGACGACGCGGUCGCAGAACACACGUGGGACGUGCCGUGGACGCAAGUCGCAGCGUCGUUGGUCGAGGCGGCCGCUUGAGACGGCGGUGGUUGCAGCCUCGAUUCGAAAGCGAUGCAGCAACCGGUGCAUAUUAUGUAUAACAAUGUAGCGAUCUCUGC